UUGCUCUGAGUUGCUACGUUGUUGCUUACCCGGGACGUCUCCAUUUUUACCGGAAAGCGGAACGCCAGUUUGAGGAUCGCGGGCGGGAUGGCGCUGCGCUCUGCGCCCCUUUUGCUCCUGGUGUUGGUGGCGGUCGCCGUACCAGAGAGCGGCGUCGGCAUCUCCACGCACUCCCUGAAGUAUUUCUACACUGGCAUCUCGGAGCCCAGUCAGGGGCAGCCCCACUAUGUCGCUCUGGGGUACGUGGAUGGUGAGGUCUUUGUUCACUAUGACAGCCACAGCAGGAGGAUGCAGCCUCGAGUCUCCUGGAUGGAGAAGUACUGGGACGGACAAGUACUGGGACAGAACGACAAGUACUGGGACGAUCAGACCCAGAAAGCACGUGGCCAGGAGGAAGCGGUCAGAGAAAACCUGGAGAUUCUGAGGAGUCGCUACAACCAGAGCGAAGGCCUUCACACAGUGCAGAGGAUGUAUGGCUGUGAACUCUGCAAAGAUGGGAGCAAAGGAAGCUUUAUGCAACAUGGCUACGAAGGAAGGACCUUCAUCACCUUCGACACAGAGACCCUCACCUGGGUAGCUCCCGACCCCCAGGCCCAGAUCACCAAGAGGAAAUGGGAGGCUCUUCCAGGAAUGACUCAGGGACAGAAGACCUACCUGGAGGAAAUCUGCAUUGAGUGGCUGGAGAAGUACCUGUCCUAUGGGAAUGAGACGCUGCUGAGGACAGAGGCCCCAAAGGUGACGGUGAACAGCAGGAAGGAGGUGGAGGAUGGGAUGGAGACGCAUAUCUGCCAUGUCCACGGCUUCUACCCCAGGGAGAUUGAUGCCUCCUGGACGAGGGACGGGGAGGUCUGGCUGGAAGACACCCUCCAUGCAUCUGUGGCCCCCAAUGCAGAUGGGACCUACCAUUACUGGCUCAGCAUCCAAAUCGAUCCCAAAGAGAGAGACCGCUAUCGGUGCCACGUGGAGCAUGACGGCCUGCAGGAGCCUCUGGACUUGGAGCUGAAGGAACCAACCAAUUCAAAAUAUAACCUGAGGCUCAUCAUCAUCAUCAUCAUCAUCAUCGGCUGCGUUGUGGCUGCUCUUGUGUGUCUGAUUGUUGGGAUCCUGGUAUUCUUCAAAAGACGUCAAGAGGACUACAAUGCAGUACCAAAAAGUGACAGAGGAUCCAACAGUUCAGGCCAGGCUUUAUUUCUACCAAGUGACACAGAGUCCAGCAGUUCAGACCAAGGGAGCAACCUGGCCGUUUAGCAGCCCCCUUGCAGUGGAGACUCCCAGCAUAAAGAGAGAGGAAUGAAGAGGGAUCAGCUUUCUUCUGAAUUGGGCCGGACUCUUAGCAGGAGCCCUUCAGGCUCUUCCUGCAUGCUGGAACCAGGAGAGAUUUUAGGUCUUUCAUCAUUGCUUUUAUCACUGAAUUAGUAAACUUUUCCUUUUUUGAUUGAGGAUCACAGGAGAAAAUAAUAUAUUAUGUGUCAAUAAUUGUGGAAACAAAAGAUUUCAAAUUGGGUUUCAUUCAUAGAUAAUAAUUUCUAAUAGGUAGGUUGCAUAACAGCCUUAAUGGGCUUUUGCUGAUUAAUUUUAGUGGAUAGAGAUUAGAGGUCAAAGAGGAGGUUUUAGAGAUGGGUUUAUAGAGAAUGGGGUGAGGAAUAGGAUGAAUAGUUUCUUGGUUUUACUUUAAGAAAGAUUUAUAAAUUGCUAAUUUUCAUUAUACUUGUUGGGGAUAAAGGUGGAGGGGUUUUUUUCUUUUUUCCCCAUGUGUUAUUUUUAUCUGUUUAAUCUUCGAUGAAACUAUUACUAAGGGAAGUGUGCAUUUUGAGAUUUUUUUCAUUAAAAUAGUUGAUGCAUUUUUAAUUGAUAAUUGCACAGUUAAUUGACCAUAUAUCUGAUAACACAAAAGUUUGACAAAUAAUCAAUAUAGGGAGUGUAGCAAUUGACACUGAUUUUUUUCGUAGAUAAUAGUUUCUAAUAGGUUGCAUAACACCUUUAAUGGGCUUUUGCUGGUUAAUCUUAGUGGAUGGAGAUUAGAGGUUAACGAGGAAGUUUUAGAGAUGGGUUUAUAGAGAACCGGGUGAAGAAUAGGAUGAAGAGUUCAUUGGUUUUACUUUAAGAAAGAUUGAUAAAUUGCUAAUUUUCAUUAUGCCUGGGGGUUGGUGGAGUUUACUUUUUCUUUCUUUUUUUCCUUGUGUUGGUUUUAAUCUGUUUAAUAAUGUAAUCUUCAGUAAAACUAUGACUAAGAGAAGUGUGCAUUUUGAGAUUUUUUUUUCAUUAAAAUAGUUGAUGCAGAGUCAGGCUGCUGCCUCCUUAACAAUUGCAUAAGUUUGCCAAAAUUGUUUGCUGAAAUAAAUGAUCUUGUUUUCUUCUUAA